AUGAUGAAUUUAUUAACGAGACAAAGUUAUCUCUUUCAAUUCGAAAAUGCUAAUAGUUCGGUUAAUUUGUCUUAUUAUGGUGUUGUUUGUGAUAUAGCACCAGGCGAUUAUAUCAUUAUUCAUCAUAAUGUUGAUUAUAUGCCUGAUCGUGUCUAUACACUUUCAGUAUUUACAGUAACUGCUAUGUCAACUACACCACUUUCAGCUUCAAGCAACAAUGGUGAUUGGCAUUAUGAUAACACUACACAUAUAUUUUCCUAUAUCGUAAAAAAUCCAUCUUCAAAUACGGCUUCAAUGGAUGUAUCAGCUAAUUUGAAUGUCAUCAAAUGUCGAUAUCCAAAUUGUCAACCACCAAUACAACCAGGUCUUGCAUUGCCAGUAACAGCUCGACCAGCCAAUGCUCUAUAUUGGUCGAAUGAUUCACAUUGGAGCUUUGCUUCAGCAGGAGGUGUGAAACCUGGUGAUAAUACAGAUAUAUAUAUUCCUUAUGGCGUCUGGCUUGUUGUUGAUUACUCAUUACCUUGUAUUCUUUCAUUACGUAUUGAUGGUGUCCUUGAAUUUGAACAAGGUAUGAAUAACACUCUUUAUGUUGAUAGUAUUCUUAUCAAUGGUGGUCAAUUAAUUGUCGGUUGGCCAAAUAAUCCCCUCCGAUCAUAUGUUGAUAUAAUUAUAACUGGCUCAUCAUCAGUCAAUGUUCUAUUACCUAAUAGUGCUGGUACAAUUGGACCUCGAGUAAAUAGUGUAUUAGGUGGUCUAGAUUUACAUGGUAUUCCACAUAAUGUCUCGUGGACUCGACUUGCAAUAACAGCAUCAGCAGGUCAAACUUCUAUUACAUUAAUGGAACCAGUCGAUUGGGUUAUUGGUGAUGAAGUUAUUUUAACAACAACAGCUACACGAAUAGGACAUGUAGAACGACAUACUAUUGUAGGUAUAAGUGGAAGUCGUACAGUAAUAACAUUAGCUCGUGCUCUCACUUAUGACCAUAUUGUUAUCGAUCAUGUAUUUCCUAAUGGUGAAGUCUAUCAUGUUGCUGGUGCUGUUGGUCUUUUAACAAGAAAUAUACGCGUUAUUAAUCGUAGUCCAGCAUCGGAAUUAUUUGGCUUUCGUAUUAUUGUUACCGAUUAUGCAACAAAUAUUUGGGAUCCACUUGGAGCAGCCUAUUUAUAUACAUAUUAUAAAGGUUACGCACGAUUAUCUGAUGCUCAAUUUAUUGGUUUUGGUCAAUUUGUUGAUGCUCCUAAUGAAGACAAACGUGAAGGUAUUCAUUUAUAUAAUCUUGGUGAUUGGAAUGCAUCACGACCAACUUAUAUUGAUUCAUGUUCAUUUAAUACGGGAUAUUAUUCAGCUAUUGAUGUAUGGGAUACAAAUGGUGUACCUAUAACAAGAAAUGUUAUAUAUAACACUUAUGAAUCAGCUCUUGUUGUUACAGGACAGAAUAAUAUUGUAAACAAUAAUCUUGUUUCAACUAUCUAUUGGUCUAGUGAAGCUCAACCACAAUAUGCUCAAUUCAAUGCUAAUAAUGAUGGUCCUGUUAUGCCAAAAGACGCUACUAGUGUCGUUAUGAGGAACAACUUAGUAGCUGGUGUUCAACGUCAAGCUUAUCGUAUUCAAGGAAAUUCAUGUCCAGGAACUGUUUUACCAGCUGGUAUAAACAAUGAUUAUGACAAUAAUGAAGCACAUUCAGUUAUGGCAUGUGUUAAUAUGUGGCCUCUUGAUACCAGCUUUCCAUAUGAUACUACUCUAACACAUGAAUUCAGUAAUAAUUCAAUAAUUAUUCGUAAUUCAUUAGUUAUUGGUGCCAUAACACCAAACGAUUGUAAUGAUGUACCCGAUAUGACUACACUUAGUGAAUUCUAUUCUUCGAGAGCCAUUCCUCUUGUAUCUGCAACAGCACACUCAGAAAAUCUGGCUGGUCGAGCAGGCAUAACAUUCCCAUACUUUUCAGGCAAUAACUUAAUACCAGCUCAUCCAUAUACAAGUAUUGCUGUCUAUCCCAACAUUGAUGGUUUAAUGUCAAUAACAAAUGUAACACUUGCCUUUUAUAAUGAUAUAUGCUCACGUCGUGAUAUAGCUAUUCAAGUAUCACAAAAUAAUGAUGAUGGUCAACAUCCAAUAGUAACAGAUCAUAUGUCAGUUUAUAAUACAUCGUAUUCAAGUGUAAUUUUUAAUGGACGACCAAAUUUAGAUCGUGUUAAUCCAAGUGAUUGUGUUGAUAUGGAUUGUGAUGGUUUGAAAAAGGCUUUACUUACUGACACUGAUGGUACUUUAUUUGGUCAACCAUCAAGUGUUUUUUCACAAGUUGAAUAUCUUUGGGGUGAUCAAGCUCAUGGUGUUGAUGAUUAUCGUAUUCCAUCAGUUGCAUUAGCUAGUAUGAAUGGUACAAUGAUAAAUAUUAAUAAUACUUAUCCUUAUCGGGGUACAAGUCGUGCAUUAACAUGUACAUAUCAACCAUUAUAUCAAAUGUAUUUAUGUCGAAAUACAACUGAUUAUUGUAUGUUAAUUAUUGAAAGUAUGGAUCCUGAUACAGAAACACGACGUCUUUCACCUAUUGCUAUUAUGUCUGAUAAUGGUUUUAUUGAUUUAAUUAAUGGUCCACAAGAUCAUGGUUGGUGUAAUGGUUAUACAUGUCAAAAACGAAUAUCAACAUUUAUGGCAAUAGUUGAGGCAAGACAUCAUUAUGAGAUCUAUUUAACAAGUACAACACCAAAUCAUAUACGUUUUCGAUUACUUAAUGCUGAUUCAUUAAUAAGAACAUUAUUGGCACUCUAUUAUAACUCACUACAACAAAUUGAUGUGUAUGCUAAUGGUGUUUAUGUGUCACCAACAAAUCGGAAUCCAAAUUCCUCAUAUUUAAUGUUACUUGAUCAGCCGAGUGGUAUAACAUAUGCAUCACCAGCUGGUUCAAACUUUUUUAAUAGAACAACACAAAUGGCAUCAUUUAUAAUUGAUGGUCUUACUGUUAUUGAUUUGAAGAUAUCGGAAUUAAUUGUAUUAACAUUUGGUUUACCACCCACAACACCUUCGGCAUUCUUUACAACUAAUCUAGUUGGUAAUUUAGCUGCUCUACUUAAUGUUACUCCUGAUAAAAUUCGACAUGUUAGGAUUGUCUCAGCAAAUAAUGAAACACGAAUUCGUCGUCAAGUAACUCUAUUAUCAAGAAUCAAUUUACGCGUUGAAAUACGCAAUGAACCACCAGCAACUUUAUCUGGUACUAAUAAUAAUGCAUCAUCUAACACUAUUUGGAACACUACUGCUGAUAUUAUUAAUCGCUAUCAAUCAGGUCAAUUACAACUAGCAUGGGCAGCUGAUCCAGUUUUAAAUGCUACGGGUCUACUUAGUUUAAGUAUUCAAGAACCCGGAAAUCAAACAACAGUUUCAUUGAGUGUCAUCAAUCGAAUAGUAUUAAUAGUUCCACCAUCAUCAUGCCGUUUACAAAGUGUAUGUGAUAUUCAACCAAUAAUUGUAGCAUUUGAUCCAUCAGGUAAUAUUAUAGACAAAUUAGAUUCAAAUGAUCAACCAUGGCAAGUUGUUGCUUUCGUCGUUGGAUCAUCAAAUGUAAGUGCUAUUGGUGCUAUUGCUAAUUAUUCAAAUGGACAAACUCAAUUUACAACAUUUGGCGUCACAGGAUUGGAUUCUUAUCAAAUUGGAUUUGCUUUUAUUACACCAAAUGGUGUUGACAAUUCAACCUUUCUGAGUAUUAAUUUAACAGCUGAUGCAUCAUCAGUGUCAGUUAGUAGUCCUAUAUUAUCUGUUAUGCAAUAUAUCAAUGUUGAUGUUGUUUCAAUAAAUGAAACAUUUAAUCUUACAACAUUGAUUGUUGAUAAAAUAUCGAAAACUAAAAUUGGAAAUAUUCAGUGGGGUAAUUCUAAUUGGUCAGCAACAGCUUCACUUUAUACUUCGUUACAAUAUCAAAGUAAUGGUUCAUUAUUAGCAACAGCAUCAUCAAGUGUUAUUGUUGAUACAACGAAAAGCACAAUAUCGGUUACAAAUCUAGCAAUUAGUGAAAUUGGAAUUAUCGUCGUUCUUGAUACGGUAGGCUCCACUGCUAGUGCAGUCACAGCUCUAUCACGAGCUGCUAAUAUUCUGACAACGACUGGUGUAGGAGCUGUAUCUGGUUUGAGAGUUUCUUCCGUGAAUAUUAAUGGUCAAUUUUAUAGUGUAUCUUCAGCGUCAAAUACUUCAGAUGAAGGAAAUAAUAUAGGAUUAAUUAUUGGUCUUGUUGUGGGUCUUGUUGGUGGUGCUAUUAUUAUUAUUGGUUUAGUUUUUGGCUUUUAUCGCUAUCACAAAAAACACAAAGGUCAACCUCUUUUGAAUGAAAUGGAUGAAGUAACUCCAGUGCCCAUUCAAUCAGAACACAAUUGUCAGAAUACCGUACAGCCAUCAAAAUCAUUAAAUGAUAAAUCUCGUUCAACGCAACCAAAAUCUGUCAAACCUCAAAAUACAUUGAAUUCGACUGCUCAUCGACUUCAUUCACCAUUGCCGGAGCAUAUAAAUGAAAAACGACCUCCAUCAGGGGCACUCAGUGCUACUGGACUUAACGCUACGAUGCCAAAUCAUCAACCAUCCACAAUUGACUCACUACCAGCUGUCGAACUUAUCCGAUUUGAUUAG